AUGAAAAUUCCGUACGUAGUAUCACCAAAUACACGUGAAGCAUAUAGUACAUCCACCUUCAUGAGGAUUUCUUCAGGAGAGGCUACUCGAAAAAUUGUUGCUGAAGAUUUUGAGUGGGAUAAUGAAUUGACUCCAGCGCCUCUUACAUAUUUCGCCGCCUUAGCGCUUUCUAGAGUAUUUCACAGGAUUAAUCCGCUUCAAAAAAUAUUGCAAAAAGAUAUUGAUAUGCUAAUGGACUUAUAUCCUUCGGAUAUACCUCUAAAAUUCAGUGUUCCAUACAUUAAGGACGAACAAUAUUGGAAACGAUCGUUUUACUCAAAAUUUCCGUCACGAAAAGAAAUGGGUGUAACUUUUUGGAAAGGGAAAUUUUUAUCAGCGUGUCUGCAAGAUUACCUGGAAAACGUUAAUCCCGAUGUUUUUAUUGAAGAAGAUGCGGUUGACCUAGCGAAACUGGUCAGUCCAUAUAUUUAUGAAUUGGGUCUUAAGCAGUUACAAAUGGUACGUCAACCUACUCCUCCUGUUAUUCAUGCAGAUGCUGUAGAAGACACGUGUCAGUUUAGUGUACCUAAGAUAUUUGAUCAUAUUCCACUGGAGCCAGUACUAACAAAGUUAUUCAAUUUACAAGAAAUAUCUUUAAUUUUCGGCUUGAAUAACCUUCAAGACGGGUACAUGACAAGAUAUUUCGAGUUUUCUAUAGCGGACUGUGAGUCUUUGUGUAGAGGACUCGAAUAUUUACAGCAAUUAAAAAUAUUUAGGAUCAAUAGAAGCAAUUUGGACUGUUCAAAAGUAAAGUUAAUUUUACAAAACCUUGUUAAGAAAGAAUCAAUCGAAGAAUUAGAUUUCAAUCAUUGUAAAAUUGGCGAUUAUGGAAUGAAAGCUCUGGGAGGUUUUAUUUUUAUUCAUAAAAAUGUAAAGAGAAUACGAAUAGCAAAUAAUAAAUUUAAAGAGGUCGGCGUUCAAGGUAUUGCUUAUGCUUUACAAAUGAAGCCAGCUGCGCCGAUAGAACUCUUAGAUUUCAGUUUAAAUCCAAUGUCACUUGAAUGUGCGACAAUAUUUGCUUCGGCGUUUGUGCGUUGUAAGGAAAAACCUCAAACAUUAAUCGUAAACUCUUGCGGUUUUCACGGAGCGUCCGCUGAAAAAAUGACAGGAUUGUUAAGUCUUAACCGAGGGCUGACAAGAUUAGACAUGGCUGCCAAUAACUUAUCCGGCGAAGCGGAGAAAACUCUUAUUCGCGCUUUAGAACAAAAUAAAAGAGUAUUGCGAAUCGACUUGCGUAGUACACAUAUAUCCGAAGAAACCCAAGCUCGGGUGAUUGAACUGUUAGAUCGAAACAAGCAACUUGUAGGUCAAGAAACUGAAGCAGACGAUGAGAUUCCGCCGUUGUAUCUCAACGAGCCAGAGUACUUAAUAUGGGAAUAUAAUCCUAACAACCCGGAUUACAUCCCUGGCAGAUACCCUGAAAGAGUUCCCGAAGUUUAAUAUGAAAUUUUGCAACUAAUUACUCUCUACAGAAAUAUAUUUCGUACCUGUAACGUAUACAAAUUAAUGUCUAAAUGUGUUUAUAAGCCUAAAACAUGAAAAUUAGCCAAA